AUGGACGGAGAAGAGGUAAAUAAUCAGUUAUAAUUGUAUUGCUUAUAUGACAAAUUGGAUCGUUGGAUUCGGCCCAUGUAUAUUCGGCUAUAUUUGCAAUUUCCAAUCUAUAGACUCUACAGUAAUAGGAUUGUUUCAACAUAUUGAAUCACAUCUGUAUUACUCAUUUUUGGUUUCAUAUCAUGAUGUAAAAUACCUAAUCACACACUAUCAUGCCUAUAUUUAACCAUACGUUUAGGUAAAUAGUGUGUAUUAAUAAUCAGUUAUAAUUGUAUUGCUUAUAUGACAAAUUGGAUCGUUAAAUUCGGCCCAUGUAUAUUCGGCUAUAUUUGCAAUUUCCAAUCUAUAGACUCUACAGUAAUAGGAUUGUUUCAACAUAUGUUUGAAUCACACAAUGAUAUACAUGGAAUCACAUCUGUAUUACUCAUUUUGACUUCAGAAUAUUUCGGCCAUAUUUGCAAUUUCCAAUGUAUACAGUAUAGGAUUGUUUAAACAUAUUGAAUCAAAUCUGUAUUACUCAUUUUUGGUUAAUCGGAAUGCUAUUAUCUCUCUUAGAUUAUCCUGGGCAAUGCAACAAAAAGGUGCAAAAGCAAGUGCCCUGCAUGUCCAUUUGUAUAUGCAAACUUCUGGAAGCCAAAAAACUGCCCAGAGUGUAACUAUGAAAUUGGUGGAAGUUACAUUCCCAAGGAGAAAAAGCGAAAGAAACUCCACCCUGACUGUGCUCAUGUUGGUAGAAAUGUGUACUCUGUGAAAACAAGCACAAGAGGUGACAGAUGUUUUGUUGUGGCUGAUGCAGAAAACAAACUGUGUAAUCAGGAAAAAUGCAAAAGAAGACGUGCCCUGACAGUCGCAAGUUCCACAGAAAAUGUCAGAAACUUCAGUUGUGAGCACAUUCAAAUGAUCGACAGUAGUGUCCAAAAUUGUAAAGUGUUUUACCUCACAAGACAAUCAAUAGAAAAAUACAGUGGGGAUUGUAAUGCAAAAGAUUUGCUAAAAAGUCUUUUGCCUUUUCUUGAGGGCAAUGAGAUGCCUGCAGUGGUGAACAUCUCUGAAGGUGUUUACGCUGUAUAUGGUCCUCCGAGUUCUGUGUCUCCAUUGG